CCUGAAACACUUGAAGAAAGUACUGACAUAAAGGAGCUUAUAAAAGUAAUUGAUUGCUGUUUAUAUUUUUUUAUAAAGCCGGUGAUUCCACUAGAGAAUCGAAAGGAUUCUAUUAAUUUAGUAUUCAUUGGGCAUGUUGAUGCUGGCAUGAUUGAUAAACGCACUUUGGAGAAGUAUGAGCGAGAAGCUAAAGAAAAAAACAGAGAAUCAUGGUAUCUCUCAUGGGCUCUCGAUACUAACAUAGAAGAACGUGAAAAAGGAAAAACCGUUGAAUGUGGCAGGGGUUUUUUUGAGACAGAAAAAAAACAUUUCAACCUUAUAGAUGCCCCAGGCCACAAAUCAUUUGUCCCUAAUAUGAUAUCUGGUGCCGCAACCGCGGAUCUUGCAAUCCUAGUUAUAUCUGCCCGUCGAGGAGAAUUCGAGACUGGAUUUGAAAAAGGUGGUCAAACUCGUGAGCAUGCUAUGCUUGUGAAGACAGCGGGUGUAAAGCAUAUGAUAGUAUUAAUAAAUAAGAUGGAUGAUCCUACGGUUGAAUGGGACGAAUUAAGAUACCUCGAAUGCAAGGACAAGUUUAUUCCAUACCUCAGAAAAAUUGGAUUUAACCUAAAGUCGGAUGUAUAUUUUAUGCCAUGUUCAGGCUUCACUGGCGCUUUUCUACGUGAUAUACCUCCUGAAUCUCUUUGUCCUUGGUUCAGGGGACCAAGCCUCCUGGAUUACUUAGACCAAUUGCCAAGCCUUGACAGGAAAGUAGAUGGACCUCUGCGACUUCCUAUAUCUGAGAAGUUCAAAGACAUGGGUGUUUUUGUAAUGGGGAAGAUUGAGUCUGGCCGUGUUAUCCGUGGACAAACUGCAUGCUUGCUACCAAAUAAAGUAGCAGUUGAAGUCCUACAGGUUCUAAAUGAUGAUUUAGAAGUCGACUUUGCGGCAGCCGGUGAGACAUGCAAACUUCGGCUAAAAAAUGUUGAAGAAGAAGACAUCUCGGCUGGAUUUGUAUUGUGUUCGCCUGAUGAUUUGUGUCAUGUCACCAAUGUUUUCGAUGCUCAGAUAGUCAUUAUUGAUUAUAAGUCUAUAAUAUGCGCUGGUUUUACCGCUAUGCUUCAUAUACAUUGCUGUUCCGAAGAAGUCAGGUUGCGCGCUCUUAUAUGUAAAAUUGACAAGCGAACAAAUCAGAAGUCUGAUAUUCGACCAAGGUUUAUAAAACAGGAUGAUGCAGCUAUUGCAAGAUUUGAAAUUUUAAAUGGUUCCAUUUGCAUGGAAACCUUCAAGGACUUUCCACAAAUGGGAAGGUUCACCCUGCGUGACGAAGGAAAGACCGUUGCAGUUGGAAAAGUCAUGAAAGUCCUUCUCACCAACAAUUGA